AUAGUUUGUAAAUCCGCGUCGCUUUAUUCACGGCUGUCAAAGGACUUGCUAGAGAUCACCAUAACCAUCGCUCAGAAGUGCUAGUCAUACGUUUUUACUAACUAAAGACAUUUUAUAAGAUACAAAGCGGCUCUUCAACAGCAAUUUAGCCACUUAAAACUCGAUUUGUCCAAGAAUAGGUCGUUAGGAAACUCUAGAAAGCGCACUUGGAGAGCGCAGGUGACCUGGACGCGUACCUGUGAGAUAUACAACUAUGGUCGAAGUGUUUUCUGGCCGAACUCUCGUGAAUAAAGAAGGAGAUUUGGUCGAUCCAGAGGAAGCUCUCAGAAAUAAAGUAGUUGGCCUGUAUUUUUCGGCCGGAUGGUGUCCACCCUGCCGAGACUUUACACCUCUGCUGUGUGAUUUCUACACGGAGCUCGUGGAGGAGACCGAGCCACCUGCGCAGUUUGAAAUCGUGUUUAUAUCCUCUGAUAAAUCCACUGAAGACAUGGUGGAGUAUUACCAUGACAUGCACGGGGACUGGCUGGCUCUUCCCUGGACGGAUCCGUACAAACAUGAACUGAAGAAAAGAUACAACAUCACAGCUUUACCAAAGCUGGUGAUCGUGAAGGAGAACGGUGCGGUUAUCACAGAUAAAGGCAGAAAGCAGAUCCGGGAUCAGGGGCUCGUGUGCUUCAGGAGUUGGGUUGAGGUGGCAGAAAUCUUCCAGAACUUUAAAGUCUAGGAAACAUUUGGAGCCAUUUCCUGCUCACCAAAUUUCCAAGGGCUGUUUAUAACCUUUUAAGUUUAGAAAAGAGCCAAAACAUUUUAUGCAACCUUGCGCAACAGCUUUAAAAAAAGCUGUCUUUACAAAGAGUUCAAUAACUUUCACUAGCAGUCAAAAUUUUGGACACACAAAUGAUAUUAAAAACCUUUUGAUUUAAAGGCUUAUGCUUAUAUGCUUAAAGUUACUUUUAUAACUACUUUUAAGCAGCUAAAAGAUAUUUAUUUAUUUAUUUAUUUAAAACAGUUUGGUCAUAGUUCCAUUUGUUAUUUCAUAGUUUUGGUGACUUUACUAUUAGUCUAAAAUGUGGAAAAUUGCUUUGAGUAGGUGUGUCCAAACUUUUCACUGCAAAUGCUUUUGCUACUUAAUUUUAUUACAUUUAUAGAGCUGUUUUGAUAAGAAUAUCUAUUUUUCUGAAUAUACACAUAUGAAUGCUGUGAAUCUAUGCAUAUAAUCUGAUGUUCAAAGAGCAGUUUUGAGUUUGUUCCCUGAAGAAUAGCAGAUGUUUACUGGUUCUGUUGUUAUGGUUCAUCUAAACUGUUUCUAUUCCACUGUGUCUUAUUAAAGCGCUUGUUUAUCGUC